GAGUUUCCAGGGAAAAAUGCAGAAAAAUAAGCUAUGCACGGGAUGAUUAAGCAGUCUACCCAGCCUAUACUAUACGGUCAACCCGUGGAUCCAUCUAUAUUCUCUCCUAUACCUGGAAACUUGAGAAACACAAAGGUUGAAAGGAAGGAGAAACAUGGAGGUGCGACAAGACAGGACGGUUUAUCCGGGUUCUCUCAGAGUAGGGUUGGGAGCGGAUCCAGGGUUGGGAGUUCAAGCUCUAGACUGGGAAGUGGUACACUCAUAGGAAGUGCGUCACGAUUAAACAGCACAUCAGGACUGGGAAGUGUGUCAAGAAUGAGCAGUUCGUCAAGAAUAAACAGUGCGUCAAGAAUGAAUAGUGCGUCAAGAUCACGAAAUCGGUUGAUGAGUCGUCAGGAGAUGAAACCCGAUGUUAUCCGGGAUAUUCCUGGGUUUGGGUUCCAGCUCCAGGACGAAGACGGAGAUAAAACUCCGGUAGCUCAGUUGAGAAUAGGAACCAGGGAACCCCACUACGGAGGAACCAGGGAACCCCACUACGGAGGAACAAGGGAACACCAGUACAGCGGAUCCAGAGAACCUUUUGGUGUUAACUCCUACAUGGAACCAGGAUACAUACAGAAUACUUCAAGAGAACCAUCCAGAACCCUCCAGUCGUUUCAAGAACCAUAUUCCCUUCACUCCUUCCGGGAACCUUAUCCGCUCCAAUCCGUCCGAGAGCAGGAUGAGGAAUGUUACAACAGAGAACUCAGAGGAGUACAGGACGGGUGUGGAUCUGGUUUCUCCUGGUCUAGUUUAUAUGACAGAGGAACUGACAGCUCGCUAUCCUGGGCUGAUGAUGAAUGUGAGAAAGCAACGACUGAGAAUGUUCGGGUUAUGUUGGACAGGAUUAAUGAUUAUUUUUACGAACCUAAACCCAGCUCCGGGAUCCUUUCUGCACAGGAGAUAGAGUGUCAAAUCUGGAAGGAUCAUUUUCCCCAUCUAAGAGUGAUAGGACAAGCAAUUCAUUUAGAGAAACCUUCUCAUUUCAACCCCAGUAGAAGUUCUUCAAUGACUGGAAAAAGAAGAAAUACAAUAAAAAGAUCCAAGACUGGAAUGCUGGAUAAGGCUGUGGAUGAGAAUGGGGUUGGGAGUACAGGGAGUACAAAAAAGAACUCAAAAAGAGGAGCAAAUAAAAAGGAGAAGAUUGCUGAUAAAGAAAGGCCAAAUAUGACUGAGGAAGACGACCAGGAAGAAGUUUAUGCUGAACAUGGAAUCCUGGAAGACGACAUUACUGUACCUGCUUAUAUAAGUGAAAAGUAUGAGAGUAAUCCGGAGAAGUAUUUUGAGGAGAAACUGUUUUCUGCUUUACUGGAUAAAUUAAUAGGAUGUGUUUCUGGUAAUUUUAAUCCAGCAUUGACAGCUCUACAGGAGAAGAUGCUGGAGAAAGAGGAGAACAAGAUUAACAAUAUUAACGGAUCUCAUGUAUUCGAUCCAUCUCCUAGAUAUGCUCAUUAUCCAGAUCUCAUGUAUUCGAUCCAUCUCCUAGAUAUGCUCAGUAUCCAGAUCUCAGAAUCCAGAUCUCAGGUAUUCGAUCCCUCUCCUAGAUAUGCUCAGUAUCCAGAUCUCAGUGAUGAUGAUGAUGAUGAUGAAGCAACUGCUCCUGUAUCUCUACCAACUAUCCGAAGUAUGCCUGCCUCUGCUCCUACUGCUAGAUUACAUCAUCCUUUCACAAAUUCAUCUGUAUUAAAUUCAAGUCGGACAAAGAGAUCGAACUCGUUCAAGCUUGAAAGAAAUAAUAUUUCAAACCGAACCCCGGAGCGGAGAAGAACCCCGGAGCGGAGAAGAACUGCAGGAACAAGAUUAAAUGAUGGGUUGGAGAAGAGAAGAGAAAAUAUCAGUUUACAGAAAACUUCAAAACUUGGAAGUUCAACCAGCCUUGUCAGCCAAAAGUCGGGUCGGAGAAGUAGGAGUGAGUCAAGUUCUCCGCCCUACACCCGGAACCCUUUAUCCCUCCCUCCCAUCACCAGGCCUAGAACUAUGGGCGGAGAACGACCUUCAACCCUUGGACCUGAGAGAUUAGUAGACGGGGAGAGGCCGAGUACCAUGGGAGGGGUUCAGGUUCAAUUCUCCGGAAUUCUUGAAGGACGAAACCCUGAUCCUCAGAUAUCAAUAUCUGGGAAAGGAUUAAGAAGAAUGAACGAAGACACGAGUAUACGUCCUCGAAGCAAAUCUAAAUCUACGCAACACUGGGAUUAUGCCGGGAUUAGAAUCCCUGACCUUGAGUUGACCGACCUCAGGUUGGAAUCAGCUGAUCUCCAGGGGAAGGAAGGACCGAGGUCACGUGGUCUAAAUACUACAUCAGCGAAGAACAGAUCUCGUUCUGCUCCUAAGCUUAGAAAACUUCGUCCUCUUAAGAUUUAACAAUUUCAUAAUAGGUUCUCGCGCAAGUGUUAAUAAUACAAAGCCAACGAAAGAACGGAAGACGACUUAUAACAACAUCAUUUAUUCAUGAACAGAGUAGU